GUAUGAACAGUGGCUCUGCCGCAAAGGGACAGGACUGGUAGUUCUAUUUCGUCAACUCAACAAAACAGCGUUGUGAGCUAGCUUUUCAGGGCCAUCGCUCAUCGUCGUGUAUCUAUUUGAUUGUGAUGGCGACAUAGUGCCUACUGCCUAGUGCCUAGCAUAUCAAGUUGUUUGCAUUUGACGGCGACAGCUGGCCGCCCGCCGUGGCCUCCUCAGACCAGUGCAACGUGACGCGCGCCGCGUCUCGGUCGGCCGUCACAGGGGGUGUGUCGCCGCUAUCGGCGGCCGCCAUUGGCCGCAGCGGCGUGGCGUCGCCGCGUCCCGGCGCCGUUUCCGGGGGCCCUCUGGCAGAGGCGACUCGGACGCCGGCCGGGGCUGACUGGGCUGCUUGGGAGCAGAGUGGUGUGCUGCUGAGCUAGUGCUGCGCGUGAGAACUGCACUACAGGGUGGGCCAUGUCGGUGCCGGUGUCGGGCUCGGCGGCGUCAGUGAUAGUGUGCGGUCACAGCGCGGCCAGCACGACGCAGCCCCAGCAGGCCCAGCCGUCCCCGACAGGCGAGGACCCGAGGCUGCUGUCUGAGCGGGAGCCGAGGCUGUCCCCGGGAGACACUUCUCCACUCAAUCAGCUAUGUGCCAUCUGCAACGACAAGGCCACCGGCAAGCACUACAACGUCAUCUCCUGCGACGGCUGCAAGGGUUUCUUCCGCAGAUCGGUGCGCAAGAACCAAAAGUACGCGUGCAGAUACGGCCGUAGCUGCACGGUGGACAGGGAGAAAAGAAACCACUGCCGCUACUGCCGACUCAAGAAGUGCUUCCGGGCUGGCAUGAGAAAAGAAGCGGUGCAGAACGAACGGGACCGGAUCAGCUCUCGACGGCCCAGCUUCGAGGAGCCGGCGGACGUGAGCGGGCUAUCAGUGCAGCUGCUGCUCCGCGCCGAGCUGGCCUCCCGACAGAUCGACUCCACCCGGCUGGGCAGUCGGGAGGCGGACGUGGCCGACCGGCGCGUUGCCACGCACGCGGACGUGUUCGACUCGAUGAAGCAGCAGCUGCUCAUCCUGGUCGAGUGGGCCAAGUGUAUUCCGGCCUUCCUGCAGCUGUGCCUAGAGGACCAGAUCGCACUGCUGCGCACACACGCCGGAGAACACCUGCUGCUGGGCGCCUCCUGGCGGUCACGGCACCUGCACGGCUUCGUCCUGCUCGGCAACAGCUCCGUCGUCACCCGAGGCGCGCAAGAUGUCUCCAUGAACAAGAUCGGAGGGCGUUUAAUGGACGAGAUAAUCCGACCUCUGCAAGAGAUGCGAGUAGACCAGACCGAGUACUCUGCUCUCAAAGCCAUCGUGUUCUUUGACCCAGCGGCGUGCCGCGGCUGUGCCGGGGACACGGGUCGGAUCGAGCGCUACCGCCACCAGAUCCAGCUGAACCUGGAGGACUACAUCGCCGACCAGGAGUCGGCGCGGCGCGGCCGGUUCGGCGCGCUGCUGCUCAUCCUGCCCAGCCUGCAAUCAAUAGCCAGGGAGAUGGUCGAGCAGCUUCAUCUAUUGAAGUUCUUCGGAACGGCAAAAAUGGACAACUUACUGGUUGAGAUGCUUUUAGGAGGCAGCUCCGGUGACGACUCGCCGCCGGCACUGUCCGUCGGUGCGGGCGCGGCGCCGCCGGCACCGCUGGCCGGCCCGACCAGCUCGCCGCCGCCGGCGCCAUCAGCCACCUCGCUGAACGUGCCGGCGCCGACGCGGAUGGUGCCGCUGAUCACCCACACGCCGCGCGUGACGCCACACAUUUGUCCGCCGGCGGCCGGCGGCGCUGCGCCAGUGAGCGCCGCCGGCUGCCCGCCCAGCCAGCGGCCCAUAUUCCGGCCCGCCGACUCGGCAGGGCAGCCCGAGCCGGCCGCGGGCCACAGACGAUGAUAAUCAUGUGACAGCGCGGUGUCGACGGGCUGUUUUCAAAGCUGCAGAGAAAUCGAAUAGUCACCCUGACGAGGUAGAAGUGACCUUGACAUGGGAGGAGUCAUCCUGACUCUCAGGUUCUCGGGUGUGCUGUAAGGGUUGAAUAAUCGCUGCUUCCUUUCAUCAGAAUUUACUAACCUUGAAGCUGCCUUAUUCCGUAGUCCUUCAGUUACAAUAAGUGAUGUCAGUUACGGAAAAUCAUGAUACCGAUACCAAAACAAAUACCAACAAUAUCCAUGAAAAAAUACCGAAACCGUACCGACUUGGCAAUUUAAGGAAAAACUUUUUACACCAAUUUUCAGGUUCUUUUUCAUUAGUGAGGAAUCACAAUGCCAACAGAAUACCAAAUGCUUUGUCCUUGAAGUUUCAAAUAUCAAGUUAGUAUCGGUUUGGUAUCGGUAUACCAAAAAGUUGGUAUCCGAUUGACAUCUCUAGUUACAAUGUGUUCUUUGACUUAUGAGUGAUAGAUAUCAGGUGCUCCUUUGCAGCGUUUUUUUCCCCUAAGAAAUCUCUAACCUCUGCUUUUGGUUUGGGGUGGCAAAAUAUUGUUUCUAAUGAAUAUAUUUUCCCAACGAAA